CGUGAAAUGUUUUGACAGUUUGGUUUGUGUACCAACAAAACAAACAUCGCGAAAUCGUGCAUUAUCACUUUUCUAGUUUUUCCGGGGUUUUAUUAGAGUUUCAUUGAGCAUUGUUUAGGAAAAGUAUUAACUGUGAAAUCCAAAAAAACAACGUUAAAAAUGUCGGAAUAUAGUGCAGCAAAAAGCAGUAAACUAGUUCUAAAAGGGGAAAGCUCAAAAGGCAACAAACGCAAGCACAAGAAACACAAGAAGGACAAGGAUUCGAAGAAGUCCCGCGUCGAGGUGGACGAAGAUGCCUUGAAGCACGGAGGCUGGUGGAAGGCAUCAAAGGUAGCCGAAAUGACCGGUUCCGUUGCCAUUCAGUUUGGCAAGCGGGCGUACAUCCGUGCCCUGGACAACGGAUCAUUCACCUUGGGCGCUCCCCAUGACGAGGGAGACGGUCCGGAUCCCGAGGAGAUCUUCACCGCCGUGUUGAUCAAUGACGAAAAGGUGGCCUUCAAAUCGGGCUACGGCAAGUACCUGAAGGUGGAAAAGGACGGUAUGGUCACUGGCCGGUCGGACGCGGUCUCCGCUUUGGAGCAGUUCGAGCCAGUUUUCGAGGGCGGCAAGAUAGCCCUGCUGACCGCCAAUGGUUGCUUUGUUUCGGUCGAUCCGGAAGAUGAUGCGGUGGUAGCCAUCAAGAAGAAAGUAGGCGACAACGAGGUGUGCGUGGUGCGGAGUUGUGCCACCCGCGAGGAGAAAACUACCAAGGACGUGGCCGUUGAGGAGGAAGGCGACCUGGAUCAAGUGGAAAUCAACUAUGUCAAAAAGUUCCAAAAGUUUCAGGACAAGAAACUACGAGUCAACACCGAGGACAAAGCGGCCCUGAAGCGAGCCAAAGACGAGGGAGCACUCCACGAAGCUCUACUAGAUCGUCGCAGCAAAAUGAAGGCGGACAGAUAUUGCAAAUAAACCAACCUUGAUCUGAUGAUUCGCAA